CCAAAUGGGGAGACCCUAAAGACGCUGCUGGCGCUGGGCUGCCACGUGGGGAUGGCGGAUGAGAAGGCGGAAGAGAACCUAAAAAAGGUCAAACUGCCCAAAAGCUAUAUGAUGAGCAAUGGUUACAAGCCGGCCCCAUUGGACCUGUCCCACGUCCGUCUGACCCCGGCGCAGCUGACGCUGGUGGAUCGGCUGGCGGAGAACGCGCACAACGUGUGGGCACGGGAUCGUGUGGGGCAGGGCUGGACCUACAGCAUCGUACAGGACAUCAAGAACAAGCGCAACCCGCGCCUGGUGCCCUACAACCUGCUGGACGAGCGCACCAAGAAAACAAAUAGGGACAGUUUGUGUGAGGCCGUGAGGACCCUCAUGGGGUACGGCUACAACAUCGAGCCCCCCGACCAGGAGAGCCCGGCCCAGGGCUCCCCCCACGGCCCCGACAAGGUCCGGAUCUUUAGGGCCGAGCGCAGCUACGCGGUGCGGGCAGGGAAAUGGUACUUUGAGUUCGAGGUUCUGAGCACGGGGGAGAUGCGUGUGGGGUGGGCCCGGCCCCACGUCCGCCCCGAUGUGGAGCUGGGAGCCGACGACUUGGCCUACGUCUUCAACGGCCACCGGGCCCAGCGCUGGCACGUUGGCGGUGAGUCCUUUGGGCGCAGCUGGCAGCCCGGUGACGUCGUCGGCUGCAUGAUCGACCUGGGGGAGCUGCACAUCAGCUUCACCCUCAAUGGGGAGACGCUGAUCAGCGACGGGGGGACGGAGGUGGCCUUCAGGGACUUCGACGUGGGGGACGGGUUUGUCCCGGUGUGCAGCCUGGCCCUGGACCAGUCUGCCCGGCUCAAUCUGGGUCAGGACGUUUCCAGCCUGCGGUUCUUCACCAUCUGUGGCCUCCAGGAGGGGUUCGAGCCCUUCGCCAUCAACAUGAAGCGCCCCAUAGCGCUGUGGGUCAGCAAGAGCCUGCCCCAGUUCGGCCCCAUAGACCCCGACGACCCCGAGCUGGAGGUGGGCAAAGCUACGGGGUGGGAUGGGGGGG